CAGGACUUGGACUAUCAGCAGGCUUGUGGUGGGGGUGGUGCUGCCACCAUCUCUAUAUAGGGAACUGAGCCAGGUGCCCAGAGCUGUCCUGUGGCAUCUCAGCAUGGCUCGGGCAUGGGGAACACCCAUUGCACUGGGGUUGUUGGGCCUGUGGUGGUCUCUGGCUGUUGCCCACCCUCUUCCUCUGGACGGUACCCCUGGGAACAGGACCAAAGGUGGGAGUGAGACCAGAGUGAAACCAGACGUGACCGAACUCUGCUUGGAUGGCUGGAGCUUUGAUGCUACCACCCUGGAUGAACAUGGGGCCAUGCUGUUUUUUAAAGGGGAGUUUGUGUGGAAGAGUCACACAUGGGUCCGGGAGUUAAUCUCAGAGAGGUGGAAGAAUUUCACCAGCCCCGUGGAUGCCGCAUUCCGCCGUGGUCACAACAGUGUCUUCCUGAUCAAGGGAGACAAAAUCUGGGUGUAUCCUCCUGAGAAGGAGAAAGGCUAUCCGAAGUUGCUCCAAGAAGAGUUUCCUGGAAUCCCAUCACCGGUGGAUGCAGCUGUGGAAUGUCACCGUGGGGAAUGCAAAGUGGAGGGUGUCCUCUUCUUCAAAGGUAACCAAACGUGGUUCUGGGACUUGGCUACGGGAACCAAAAAGGAGCGCUCUUGGCCAGCUGUUGGGGAAUGCUCCUCUGCCCUGCAGUGGCUCAGCCACUACUACUGCUUCCGGGGUAACCAGUUCCUGCGCUUCCACCCCGUCACGGGAGAGGUGCUUCCCAAGUACCCUCUGGAUGUUCGAGACUACUUCAUACCCUGCCCUGGCAGAGGCCAUGGACACAGGAAUAGGACGGGCCAUGGGAAUGACACCCAUCAUGGCCGUGGGGAUAUGCGCUGUAGCCCAUAUCUAGCCUUGUCUGCACUGCUGACUGACAACCAUGGUGCCACAUAUGCCUUCAGUGGGUCCCACUAUUGGCGUCUGGACACUAGCCGGGAUGGGUGGCACAGUUGGCCCAUUGCCCAUCAGUGGCCCCAGGGUCCUUCAACAGUGGAUGCUGCCUUUUCCUGGGACGAUAAAGUCUACCUAAUCCAGGGCACUCAGGUAUAUAUCUUCCUGACAAAGGGAGGCUAUACUCUAGUAGAUGGUUAUCCAAAGAGGCUGGAGAAGGAAUUUAGGAGCCCUCAUGGGAUCAACCUUGAGGCUGUGGAUGCAGCCUUUACUUGUCCUGGGACUUCUCGGCUCCACAUUAUGGCAGGACGGAAGCUGUGGUGGCUGGACCUGAAGUUAGGACUUCAAGCCACGUGGACAGAGCUUCCUUGGCCCCAUGAGAAGGUUGACGGGGCCCUGUGUGUGGAGAAGUCCCUCGGCCCCCAUUCAUGUUCUGCCAAUGGUCCUGGCUUGUACCUCAUCCAUGGCUCCGAUCUGUACUGCUACAGUGACGCAGAGAAACUGAGCACAGCCAAGACCCUUCCCCAGCCCCAGAAAGUGGGGAGCAUCCUGGGUUGCAAUCAUUGAGAGGAGGUCUCUUGAGAUGAGUCUGGCCCAGCUCCUUCUCCCUGUUUUCCUCACAAUAAAGCCAGAGUGCUUCUUUG